AUGUUACUCUCACCAGCGUCUUCAAACCACGGCGGCCUCCCUCCCCAAGGCUCAUCGUUCUGGGGGAAGUUCAAGCCUAAACCCAAGGAACCAGAACUUCCACCAGCCGCGAUGGCCGUCGCCAGGACAAAGCUAUUAACCUUGGUCUUCGCCGAUAUGGAGACCAUCCGAGUGCUUCCAAACUCGUUCGUCGAGUUGGAGGCGCUCGCCAGGGACUGGACCAAGCCCCCUCCAGAUGCCAUGUUCACGCUUCGCGUCCCAGUCGAGUUUGUAUCCUUCCAAGCUGCUCGACUGGUAACAGGGCCAUAUAUCUAUUUAACAGGCGAGGAGUCAUAUCAAAUCGCUACUAUGGGUGUGCAGGGUCUUCGUGUCGAGAUUGUCAGUGAUGGUCCUCCGCCUCCAGACGAGCCUCCCCCACCACCCCCUCCUCCGGUUUUAGAAAUGCCUGCUUCGUUUAAUCUAGAACUUACUCCCGGGCAAAUGGUCGCACUUGACGUCACAGUCAACUCAGAUGAGCUCGACAUGGCCCGGAUGGAAGACGGAACGACUGUGGAUGGAAUGUUCUGGGGAAAGCUCGAUAUCGUACAUCAAGGCGAUACACACAAGAUGGAGUUUAGCGGUGCCAGGCUACCACCGAACGAUGAUGUUCUCACGCCCGAGUUCAUGGUUGACACCCGAAUCCUGCGCAAGCUUCCAAUUGCUUGCAAGCCAUCAACAGCCAAAUGCAACCUCAUCCUUCUAGCGCCCGCUGUUCAAUAUUGCGAAGUCACGCUGUCGUUCUCACCGCUAUGGAAGAUUGGCAUCACCUGGCCACCUGCUGAACCUAUCGCAGAGAAUAAAGUCAAGUACUUUUUGCGGGUGAACCCUGGUGGAGCUUUGGAACAUUUCGAGCAAGAGAUUGUGACGACGGCUCUAUACUACGAGGCCAUUCCAAACCCGGAAAUGGUAGACCCUCAUGAAUUCAUCGCACCUCGGAAUGGCUUCGCAAUGUCCUUCAAAGAUUUCAUCCCCCAUCUCAACAAUGUACUCGACCAACUGGGGAUGUCCCUACACGCCCGCACGAAUUUCGUUAACAACAACAUGUCGGCGUUUGCUUCACACAAGAACAUCGCCUACCGUUUCCUUGGUCCAUCGAAGAUUGCAGCCGCCAUCGACAUCACUGUGACGAGUGACCCCUGCGUCUUCACCCGCAUAUUCCUCAUCUUCCGUGGUGUCAGUGAUGACGAGAUGAGCAACUUCGAUACUGCGGGCGAGAAGGAAGCCAACAGUUAUAAUUGGCGUGAAACAAUCGGCUGGUCAGAGGACUCGAAAGAUACCACGGUGUUCCGGGUGUUGGAAACGACGGUGCUCGAAGUAUCAUGACAUUCUCGCCCACAACUCUCUAUCUUAUCUAGACUCCCCUUACCUUUCUUCUUUAUCGACUGUAGUAAGAUAUGUAGCCUUAUAUCCCUUCCUGAUGAUCCCCUUUCUCUUGCUUUCUUCUUGGAUUCAGCUUUAUCGUUAUCAUUUCAGGCUGUCCUUUUGCUUUCCUGCUGAUAUAUUUUGUAAUCUACUAAUUGUACCUCUCAGAGA